CUUUUUUUUAAAUUUUCCUGUCAAGUUUGGAGGACUCAGAAUAAAAGAAUGGGAUCUGCUGGAGUUCAGAUAGUGUGUGUGGCCCUCGGGGUGCUCGGCCUGGUCGGGGCCAUUGUAUGCUGCGCUGUCCCACGCUGGAGGGUGUCCUCCUUCACAGGAGACAACAUUGUGACUGCACAGAGCAGUCAGGAGGGCCUGUGGACUGAAUGCGUGGUGCAGAGUACCGGCCAGCAGCAGUGCAAGAACUACGACUCCCUGCUGGUGCUGCCCUCUGAUCUGCAGGCCUCCCGCGCUUUGACCAUCAUCAGCUGCAUGUUAGCCGCCCUCAGCCUACUCAUUCUGUUCUGCGGAGCCAACUUCACCACCUGUGUACAGAACGAAGACGCCAAGCCCAAGAUCACCUUGGUAUCAGGGGUGGGCAUGAUACUGGCCGGCCUCUUGGUGCUCAUCGCCGUCAGCUGGUCCGCCCACAUUACUGUCCGAGAGUUCAACAACCCCCUGGUGCAUGCUUCUCAGAAGAGGGAGCUGGGAAUGUGUAUCUUUAUUGGCUGGGCUGCCGGUUUGCUGCUCAUUCUGGGUGGAGGUCUUCUCUGCUGCUUCAGCAGGCCCCAGUUCGGCAGUGGUGGUGGUGGAACCGCCAAGUAUUACAGCAACAGCGCCGCUUCCGCCCCUAAUAAAAAUUACGUGUAG